AUGUGGUCAUCGCGUUUCAAUCGGCUGACGGCAUUUUAUAAACCCGUCACCUAUCAAAAGAUUUGGAGUCGAGCCAGAGUAUUCACAAUCGUUUUCAGUCUCUGGUCAGUCUUUAUUCUAUAUCCUCUAGUGCUCGUCUACCUACACGAGAAUACGAUUUACCUCGUAGCCAGCAAGGAGGGAGAAUUUAUGUCGACUAGCACUACCUUGAACCCUGUUUUCUCUAUAAUUAAUUGUGUGCGUGGUGCUACGACAGUGACGUUGUGCACAAUAUGUUAUACACUUGCAUUCUUCAAGCGUUCCCAAACUACGCGAGGAACCGCGCAUGCUGAACGACGACUGCUACUGUGUGCUCUGGCCUCAUCUGCUGGUUUCUUACCUAACUUUAUCGGCACGUUGUUUUUGGCGACAGCACAUGGCGAGAAUAGUGUGCUGGCUCGUUUUGCGAUUCAGCUCUGGUAUUAUGAAAAUGAAAUCAUGGCAACGAUCCCAGUAUGGCUACAACUUGUAAUCAACACUAGUGUACGUCGGCUACUGCUGGGGAAGCGCAGAAGUCAGUCGCAACUGACCCUCAACAUCUCUACUCUUUCCAACAAACAACCGUUGUCCCCUUAA